AUGAAUCUUAAUCAAACUUCCCCACAUAGCCUCACAGAUGAAGAAUUCUCAAAGCUCCAACCCAUCAUCAAAACCCAUCACACAUUUGAACCUUGCCCUAACAUAUGUACUUCUCUCUUAACACAACACAUAGAAGCCCCAGCUAGCAUAACAUGGCCUUUUGUACGUGAUUUUGGGAACCCCCAAAAGUACAAGCACUUCAUCAAAAGUUGCACUAUGGUUGGUGAUGGAGAAGUAGGAAGUAUAAGAGAUGUUAGGGUUAUUUCAGGUCUACCAGCUUCAACAAGCACAGAGAGAUUAGAAGUUCUAGAUGAUGAGAAGCUUAUUUUGAGCUUUAGUGUUGUUGGGGGUGAACAUAGGUUACAUAAUUAUCGGUCUGUUACAUCGGUGAAUGAGAUUAUUAACAAGGAAGGCAAGGUUUAUACAAUAGUUUUGGAGUCUUAUACUGUGGAAAUACCUGCGGGGAACACUGCUGAGGAUACUAAGCUGUUUGCUGACACAGUUGUGAAAUUGAACCUUCAAAAGCUUAAGGAUUUAGCUAUGGUUUCUUGGAACAUCAUGAAAGACCCUCCUCAUCAGCAAAGAUAUGAUGAUCAACAGUGA